UCGUUGUCGGGAACGGAGACGUCGUAUUAUUCAGUAGCCUUUCUGGCAAAUCGCGCCACCGUAUUGGUAAUGUAGGGUCCAAAAGAGUUUUACUUGAUGUGACGUGGCGUUCAUAGCUCAGGGUGAUUAUUUCCUCUUAAAGCCAGUUCAUGAACAAAGCCAUUUAUUCCUACUUCCGCUCUGAUUCUCAUCAGUAAUGGCUGUUCAUUCGUCCUGCGAGGGAGGACCACUAAUUGCGGAAUUCCUGAAAGGGAAUGGCAGCGAACCUGCCGAUUGUCGGUGUGCGAAAUCACUCAAAUCAAGCCCUACAGACGCUAGCCAAUGCUUUUCCUCAGAGAUUCCGCCAAUUCUUGUUGAAGAUGCUUCACUACCAUCAGGAUUAUAUCAACCUUUAAGCAGCUCACCGGGUCAAGAUGUCUAUAGUGUUUCACUGUUGUCCAAGGACGUUGACGAUGCACAUUGUGCUUCACCACCAACAUUCUUGAGCAUCUUGGAGGUUCCCAAUCAAUCUAAAGAUCCAAUAUGCCUAGAUGCUCAAUUGGAUUGCCAGAACUGCUUUGAUUUCCGAGUGGAGAGUGAAGAGGGGUAUUCCCCAUGCAUAAUUGAUAUGCCUAGUGGAAAUGAAAAUUCAGUUUCAUCUCAAUCCUAUGAAGAGGGAGUUGAAAGUCUUAAAAGUGAAAAUUUACUAUCUAGGUUAUUUUGGAGACAAGCGAAUUUUAAAUCUAGCGGAAGAGCUGGAUUCUUCAGUAGGUUGGAUGCAUUUUUAACUGUUACGUGUAAACUAACAGAUAAAUCAGUCACUGAGAAAGUUCACGAUAUGCCAAAUAACAAAUGCAGAAGACUAAAGCGUUCUGCCUCAUUCGAUUCCAGAAAAGUCGCUUUUCUGUUUUCAAUAUUGUCAAGUUUGGGAUCGCUGGUGUUGAUAUAUCUGACGUUGCGAAUCAGGCAGAAGGCAAAGUACACUGCGAUAUGCCUAAACUGGGGACAAUAAAAGUGAAAGAGAGAGGCCUGGUCUGAUUUGAAUAUAUUUUCGAAUACAAUUUAAAUAAAAAUUCCUUAUUUUUCGUCCUUUUUCUCAACUAAACAUGCU